UCGUGCUCUAAUUAAGUGCCUCACAGCUCCCGGCAGCGUCCAAUCAAGCCGCUACGUCGUCACUAUUACAACGCCAAAGCGCAAAUCAUUCCCCUCAACACCCCACUACAGGACCUGCGCUGCUACCCCGCCAACAUUUUUUUUUCUUUCCCUUCCGCAACCGACGACAUCGGCUCUUGGAAUUUUUCGUAUAAGAGACUAAAGGAGAGAAAAUCAAAUAUUUUCUCUUUUUCUUUUGCUUUGACUCAUCUCUCCAAUCUUCUCACAUUUCAUUCAAUUGUGAAGAAGCAAAGUCGCCCGCCAUCAUGUCCAGCCAGAAGAUUGCCAUCGUCUCCGUCUACGACAAGACCGGCCUGCUGGACCUAGCUAAGGGUCUCGCCCAGCAGAAUGUCCGGAUUCUGGCAUCUGGCGGCACAGCUCGCAUGAUCCGCGAGUCUGGAUUCCCCGUUGAGGACGUCAGCGCCAUCACCAAGGCGCCAGAGAUGCUUGCUGGCCGUGUCAAGACUCUGCACCCUGCUGUCCACGCUGGUAUUCUCGCUCGCAACCUCGAAUCCGACGAGAAGGACCUUGCAGACCAGAACAUCAAUAAGGUUGACUACGUCAUCUGCAACCUGUACCCCUUCAAGGACACUGUUGCCAAGGUCAACGUCAGCAUCCCCGAGGCCGUCGAGGAGAUUGAUAUUGGCGGCGUGACGCUCAUCCGCGCUGCUGCCAAGAACCACAAGAGGGUCACCAUCCUCAGCGACCCCAACGACUACGCUGGCUUCUUGAGCGAGCUGGAGAAGGGCGAGAUCAGCGACUCUAGCCGCAACCGCUAUGCUCUCAAGGCUUUUGAGCACACUGCCGACUACGAUGCCGCUAUCUCAGAGUUCUUCCGCAAGGAGUACGCCGGCUCGGGAGACCAGCACAUGGCCCUCCGAUACGGUGCCAACCCCCACCAGAAGCCCGCUUCGGCUUAUACCGCCAACCAGCAGCUUCCCUUCAAGGUCUUGAGCGGCUCUCCUGGAUACAUCAACCUCCUCGACUCCCUCAACGCCUGGCCCCUCGUCAAGGAGCUCAAGGAGGCACUGGGCAAGCCCGCUGCUGCCAGCUUCAAGCACGUUUCUCCUGCUGGCGCCGCCAUCGGACUACCCCUCACUCCCGAGGAGAAGAAGGUCUACUUUGUCAACGACAUUGAGGGCAUCGACAGCUCGCCCCUUGCCCAGGCUUAUGCCCGUGCUCGUGGUGCCGACCGCAUGAGCAGCUUCGGCGACGUCAUCGCCCUGAGCGACAUUGUUGACGUCCCCACCGCCAGCAUCAUCUCCAAGGAGGUCUCUGACGGUGUCAUUGCCCCCGGCUACGAGGACGCCGCGCUGGAGAUCCUCAAGAAGAAGAAGGGAGGCAAGUACCUUGUCCUCCAGAUCGACCCCGACUACACUCCCGGCCCCAUCGAGACCCGUACCGUCUACGGCGUCACCCUCCAGCAGCACCGCAACGAUGCCGAGAUCUCUCCCAAGUCCUUCACUACCAUCAUCACUCCCAAGGAUGCUGGCGCCCUCCCCGAGAGUGCCGCCCGUGACCUCACCGUUGCCACCAUCACCCUCAAAUACACCCAGAGCAACUCCGUCUGCUACGCCGUCAACGGCCAGGUCAUCGGCCUCGGCGCCGGCCAGCAGUCCCGCAUCCACUGCACCCGUCUGGCGGGUGACAAGGCCGACAACUGGUGGAUGCGCUUCCACGAGCGUGUCCUCGGCAUCAAGUGGAAGAAGGGCACCAAGCGACCCGACAAGAGCAACGCCAUCGAUCUUCUCGUCAGCGGCCAGCUCCCCAAGGACGGCGCUGAGCGAGAGGCUUUCGAGGCUGUUUUCGAGCAGAUCCCUCCCCCCUUUACCCCUGAGGAGCGCGAGGCUUGGAUGAAGCAGCUCAGCAACGUCUGUGUCUCCAGUGACGCCUUUUUCCCCUUCAUCGACAACGUCUUCCGAGCUGCUCGCUCAGGCGUCAAGUACAUCGCCGCCCCCAGCGGCAGCCAAAACGACGGCGCUGUCUUUGAGACGGCCGAGAAGCUGGGCGUAACCUUUGUCCAGCAGAACACUCGUCUGUUCCACCACUAAACGGAUAGGGAAAGUGUAAAAUUAAGAGAAGCAAAGAAUUGGAAAAGAGGGAAGGAAAAAGAUAUAUAUCAACCGAAAGGAAAGAAAGUCAAUGGAGCGAUCAAAACUUUUUACAAAAUACCUAGAUGUAGUUCAAAUUUUUUUUUUAAUAGCGGCGUUUCUUGCUAUAACACGUCGCCUUUAUGCCAAAGUCCAUCAUCAACCUCUCAAGCCCAUGUGGACGUGCC